AUGGACAAUGGUAGUGCAUCUCAGGCGACGUCUGGAACUUUGGAAUGCAAUAAUUCGCAAUGCGAGGCACCAUAUGGAUGUACUGGACCAACAGGACCAAUAGGUGGCACUGGCUCUAAAACAAUUGUAUUGAAUACAGCUCAACCAAAAAAUUUAUGUGAAUAUUUGAAACGAAGAAAAGUGAUGUGGAUCACAUUUACUAUUAUUGUACUUGUUAUAAUUAUAACAAUUCCAAUUGUUACCGUUAAAACAAAAAAGAAAAACAGUGAAGAAACAUCAACAACAGAACCAACUACGACAUCAACACCAACAACAACAUCAUCAACAUCCACAACAACAAGAGCAAUACCGAGUGAAUACUAUGUUAAAUCAUUUUUAAUAGCCAAAGGAUGA